AAACAUGGCAGCCGAAAGAUAUAGCCUCUUGUUGUUUUCUUUAUUUUAUUAAAAAUUUAUGUUAAAACUAGCGAAACCAUGUGAAGCCAUAGCGUAAAUUUAUUUAAUUACUGUAGUAUGAAGACUUAUUGAUUUUAAAAAGCUACCAUGUUGUAUUCAGUGCGUAAUGUUUGGAGGUUAUAUCGCAGGAGUUUCUCGGCCCGUUUUAACCAUUCCCGAGCUAAUGAAAGUGAUAAACGAUUACUAAACAAGGAUUUUAAACAUCUGUUACAACAACAUAAGGACAAAAUUGUGUUUAGUUCGUAUUUAGAGCAUGAGAAGUUACAACUGGGUUACUAUAAGUACUAUGUGAAAACUAUCAGAAAAGCUAAGGAAAUUGAGUCGAAAGAGUUUCAUGAGAAAGGUCUGCCUCCUUUACCAUUAUCCUUAAAGUAUUAUGUAGACAAAGAAAGACAUUCAGAGGACGAAACUGUACCGGAAGUUGAAGAACCCACGAAAUCAUUUCAAUUGCCAUUUGGGAACACCACUCGUGUUGAUAUAAAUGAGGAUGACAUAAUAUCUCAAGGGAAAAACGACAAUAUCGAUACAGAAUUCGACAGAUCUAAUAUACAGAAAUGGAUGACAAAUUAUGAGCACUUUGAUGACACCAAACUGAUGUCUACCGAGGAGGAAAGUGAUGAAGAGGAUAUAGGAAAUGAAUGGAGCAAGCAUUAUGGCACUCCAGACCCGACUAUGGCUGUCAGUCAGGUACCCUGUGGAGGUUGUGGUGCCCUCUUACAUUGCAAUGACCCUGCCAUACCAGGGUAUCUGCCCAGUGAGCUGUUCAAGGGGCGGGAGAUUGAGGAGUUAAAGACCAUGGAGUGUCAGCGAUGCCACUUCCUUCAGGAGUACAACAUUGCUUUGGAUGUCACAGUUCAGCCGGAAGAAUAUGAAAAACUUCUUAAAUCUAUUAGGUAUGUGAAAUCUCUAGUGCUACUCAUGGUGGACCUGCUGGACUUCCCCUGCUCUAUCUGGCCGGGAAUUGUGGAUAUUAUUGGCACUGACAGACCUAUUUUUAUUGUUGCCAAUAAGGUGGAUCUUCUUCCUGGCGACAGCAUCGGUUAUCUAAAGCGUAUAAAGGAAUCACUUCUCUCGGAAAUCAAGAAAACCAAAUUAGACGAAGCUAACAUCAAGUAUGUAGCAUUGGUAUCAGCCAAAACCGGCUUUGGAGUGGAAGAACUGAUCUCUGCAAUGUUUAAAUUUUGGCAAUACAAAGGCGAUGUAUUUCUCGUGGGCUGUACGAAUGUAGGUAAAAGUUCACUGUUUAAUGCUCUUCUACAAUCUGAUUAUUGUAAAGUGCAUGCAGCUGAUAUAGUGAAAAGAGCUACGGUAAGCAGAUGGCCGGGGACUACGUUAAACCUUUUAAAGUUCCCUAUUAAUAGACCUUCAGGGUGGAAAAUACGUGAACGAAGUAAACGACUGUUAUCUGAAGCGAAAUUAUUUAAAGUCGAAAAUGAAAUCAGGCAAGAUCAAAUAUCUGGUAAAAAAUCUGUCGAGCCACCGUCCUUCAUGUGUCAUAUUGGCAGAACAUUUACAGAACAUAUAGCUAGGGAGGACAAUUUUGCAGGAAAACGCCUAAAUUUAACAGUAUUAGAUGAAAACCAUAUGUUAUUCAAGAAAAGCAAAUGGUUCUAUGAUACCCCGGGGGUUAUCCAUCCCGAUCAAGUUCUAUCACUUUUGAGUACGGAGGAAUUGCUAUUGACCAUUCCUAAAAAGUUGAUUAGACCUCAGACUUACUACUUGCGUAAAGGGUCGACAUUUCUUAUAGGUGGUUUAGCAAGAGUUGAUCUUUUAGACAGUACCGAGCCUUGUCGCUUCACCAUAUUUUGCUCAGAAAACCUUCCAAUUACUGUAAUAAACACUGAAAACGCCGAUGAACUCUAUGAGACAUUUGUUGGUACAGAAUUGUUUGCUGUACCCUCAGGUGGUGUGGAUCGACUUAGAAAUUGGCCUGGAUUGAAGAGUAAGCAAUACGAGUUUAGUGGAGAAGGCCCUAAGCUAUGCUGUGGUGAUAUAGUCCUAUCUUCCAUAGGCUGGGUGUCCAUAACAGCCAAGAAAGGAAGUAGCUGUACAGUAUCAGCGUGGACUCCAGAGGGCAGGGGUAUCCAUAAACGGUACCCCUCAGUGUUGCCAUAUUCCAUUAACCUUAAACGCAAGAGAAUCCAAGGUACACCAGCUUAUAUGGUAGGAAAAGUUUAUGCAGGUGAAGAAUCAUAGAUUAAUUAUAUUUUUUAAUUUAUAUUAUUAAGUUUUAAUGUAAUUAAGUUAUUUGUAAGUGUAAUAAAGUAUGGAAAGUGA